GGUAUUGUUAAUGAUCCAUUAAGAGUAAAUGAAGAAAUGAAGCCCCAUUCAGAUUGCAGUGAUUUAUUCCCCAGCGGCAGAUUUACAAGGGUCCCUGGGCCCACGCUGCAAGCAGUGAAUCUGCCUUCAGAGGAGGAAGCAAUGGACGUGUCCGCUUUGCAGGCGCACCUGGAGGAACUCCACCGUGUCUUACUGAAGGAACAAGAAAUGCGUGUAGCUUUGGAAGAGGAGAUAGGAAGACUGGAGUCAGCCCUGUCUCUAUGGAAACGGAGGUAUGAAGACCUGAAAGCAUCAAAUGCUCCACACAUGAACGAGGAAAGAGGGCUUCCUAGUCCCACUCCUGCUAAGAAGCUGACUGGAUAAACCAUCUGCACAAGUGGGUUAGCCUCAAGAA